AUGCUUGGGGAACCUGAGGAGUCUGAGCGCCUGCGGCAGGCGCCCCUCGGCUGCAGGGCCGGGCAAGAGCAGCUGCAAGGGGGAAGCGGNGGUGGGGUCCCGCCUGGGGGCCUCAGGGUGACUGCUCUCCCUUCCCUCGCAGGGGCCAAGCCGGUGCAGGAGGAGGGAGACCCCUACGCCGAGCUGCCGGCCACGCCCUACUGGCCGUUCUCCACGUCUGACUUCUGGAACUACGUGCAGCACUUCCAGGCCCUGGGAGCCUACCCCCAGCUGGAAGACAUGGCCCGCACCUUCUUCGCCCACUUCCCCCUGGGGUCCACCCUGGGCUUCCACGUCCCCUACAGGGAGGAGUGA